ACCAGUGAUUAAUAUAGAACAUAACUGUAUUGUCUAUCCCGCUCCCCGAGUUGCCGCGGUGCAAAAAAUGAUCCGUCCACCUGUCCCGGCCGGCGACGGAGACAUCAGCGUUUGUGCCACAAACGUCACCCAGCCCAUAAAAGUCCAAUCUUUACGUCAAAGCUGUCUCAGCUAUGACAUGGUAUCUUCAUGUUUGGGUUUUGGGGGGUGCCAAGUUACCCGACCCCAUAGGGGUGGGAAACCUCAAAAAGGCAUAAUGUUGGCUUGUAUUACCACAUGUCCCCCUGUCCCCAUGUGUGUGUUUGGCCUUUACAAGGGCAGGUUCUAUGUUUUCCCCCCAUGGGCACAACAUGUCUUGUUUGCCAGGCAGCUUACAUUCUUGGCUGGGGCAGGCUGUAUUACAGUGUGAAAGUGUGGUGGUUAAUUGCUUGGAGCCAGAUGAAAUGAUAUCCCCCCAGGACACUUCAGGGGCUUGUACAAAUUUACAACCUGCCACUUGAUUAAUGGCUGGAGUAGUUGAUUGGCAGACGGCUUGGGCGGGAGCCCAUUGGUUGGUGACCGGUGUGGGGGCCCGUGAUUGGACAGCAGUGGCCCCAUGCGAGGAAGGGGUAAUUGUUUGAGGUAUUACUUUCCUUGUAAGUGGGAUAGGAGUGUGGAUGGUCUCUCUCCAUACAGUGAAAGUGCAGGCAGACCCGACUUGUGGCUGCUAGCGGCUCCCAAGGCAGUAAGAAUGGAGCUGGGACUUCCCAACCUCAUGCCCCUGGUGGUGGCUUCCAUGCUCCUCACCCAUUGUCAAGUGCAGUGCAUGGACUAUGGCUACGGCGACCGUAUAUACAACAAGCAGCCGCAGUGCACGCCCAUUCCCUCGGAGCUGACUCUGUGCAGAAACAUUGCGUACUCUCAGAUGAGACUCCCCAACCUCUUAGGCCACGAGACAAUGACCGAAGUGUUGGACCAGGCCGGUACCUGGGUCCCGCUGUUGCCUAAACGGUGCCACCCCAACACCCGUUUAUUUCUGUGCUCUCUGUUUGCCCCAGUGUGUUUGGAACAUCCCAUCUACCCCUGCCGCUCCCUGUGCGAGGCUGUGCGGGACGGCUGCUCCCCGGUCAUGUCCAAGUUCGGCUUCCCCUGGCCGGACAUGCUCAGGUGCGACAAGUUCCCCCCGGACAACGACCUCUGCAUCACCACGCAGUCCGGGGAAGUGGAUCCCCUGCCACCUGAAGUGGAUCAACCCCAGCCAGUCUGCAUGGCUUGUCAGAGUAACGGGGAAGGCUGGAAGGAUCUGGUGGCGUACUACUGCCAAAACGACUUUGUUAUCCGAGCGAAGAUCGAGCAGAUCAAGAUCACUCGCAGGGACACUAAGAUCGUGGUGGGGCGGCGCAAGCGCAUCAUGAAGAAGACUGGGAUCCGCAAGCGGGACAUGCGCAGAGACCUGACCCUGAUGCUACAGGACAGCGAUGUGUGCACGUGUGACGAGAUCCAGGACACCAAGUCCCAGUUCCUCAUCAUGGGCAAGAAGGUGGACAAGCAGUUCAUCGUCACCGUCAUCCGCCAGUGGAAGCGCUCCAAGGACUUCCGAAAAGCCUCGCGCUCCUUUAAAAAGGGCUGUCAGGAUGGCGGGCAGGCCGAGGGGAACACGGGAGGACGCAAACGCGGCCGAAAUCGGCAGAGAAAUUAGUGACGUUGUCUAUACCAGGUGGGAGAUGAUGAUGAUGAUGUGUAUUGGAUGCAAUAACUGUGCAGUAUCCCGACUCCGCUUGACUUUAGUGCUAGUCAGAGAUCGUAGGAAUCCUAAACUGGAAAAUAGGACUUUUCUCACGCAAUCCAAAUCAUCUUGUAGGAAAGAUGGAAACUGAUGGAAACUGAAUCUAUUAGCAGCUCAAUGCUAAUUUAACAGUUUUAUGGUCAGGGAACCUUUAGUACUUGCUUGGGCUAUAAGAACAGAGAUAUGCAAUGCAAAACUAUUGUACUGACAGAGGAAAAUUUGUUGCCUGCUUUGAUCACACUAUUACCAGACUAACCUAACCAGAGUGCAAGCUUUCGGCUUCCAUUGCCCAGUUGCUCCCACGUAGCUAUGUGACCUUCUCACCUACUGUUAAUAUGCAAUUCCUCGCAUUGUGAUGUUAAAAGCAUAUGCGUUUCUAAACUGACAACUUGUUGCCCACGUCAAGUGAACCAUUGAAUGAUGUACAAUCUUGUUCUGUCAACGUCCUAAGGUCUACUUGUAGUUUAGGGGUUCCUGAAAAGAUCCAAACGUGUAAAUAUGCGACACUGCCAUUAACUUUUGACUGCAUAGAUUAAUCAGUACAAAAUUAUUCAACAGAACAUCCGAGUUGCAAGAAGCAAAAUUAAGGUUAUGUCUGUGGGAACUUACUUGUUUGCUUAGUAUCAAGCCAAGACAAUCACUGUUUGGUGGAAGGUUCUUCAAUAUGAGAAGUAGUCAAAAGGCCACUCAUGUAAUGCACAGAUUAAUGAAACAUUGCAAACCAUAAACAGUAGAAGCCCAAGUUACUAGUAGGUAUCUUUCCCUUAGCAUAGAUAAAAUACACUAGAUACAUAAUAAGCUGUAGUCCAGAUUUAACAACCUCGUACGUUAGUGACAUCAGUUGAGCACAGCUUCCUUUUUGUACUACCAAACGGCUGUGGUUGAAGAACAUUUCUGGACAUUUCCUGUCAAAGUCUUUUCAAUUUGUAGGGCUCCGUAAAAUUGGAGUUACAAGUUUUUGGAGUUUUGACAACAAGCCUUUAACUGAGCUUGUCUGGUUCUACUUGCAGGAAGCUUUGCCUAACUGGAAAACUGUUAGAACUCGGGAUGCAUGCACACAAUGUAAAUGCUUGCAAUAUCGAUGACCUCCUUAUAAUGAAUAAGGUAAACUGAACUAAUAAAGUGUAAUUGACGGCUGCCGAAUGGUAGUAAGCGCAAAAUAAAAUCCUAUACAACAAUAUGUACAGCAACGAUGCAAGUAGACGCUGAGAUUUAAGGUAAAGAAAGAUUGCAUAACUCUACUGAUAAUCAUUUUAGAAGGUGAUCAUCUUCUGCUUUACUUGAAUCGUUUGUACAGUAAGUGUUCAGUACCAGUGCAUUAUUGUAUCUAUAGUUAGGCUGCACUGCGAUGUUGCAUCACUUUGUGAUAAGGUACAGGAAUGAAUGCAAUUCUCGGUAGCUCUAGUCGUGUGAUGUAAGCCAUCCCAAGUUGGAUGCUGGUUCUAGGAAUGAAAGCAAGAAUGGUUGACUGACUGUUUAGUUCUUGAAGUUUGUUGCUUUAGUAGGCUGUUCUGAGUAUUCUUUUCACUGACAAAAUUCCAAAAAAGAUGUUUUAUUCAAAGUGUUAUUUUUUCUACUUGAAAAGUAAAAAAAAAAGUUGGUUAUGCUAUACUAAUGUUCUUAGCAAAGUGUGAUGAUGAGAUGAUGGGUUGUUCUUUGUUAUAAUAAUUGAUCUUUGAUGUUUUGAGAGAUUUUUUUCUGGGAGAGAUGACGUUGUAUAAUUGUUCAUUUGUCAGCGUUCGUUUAUGAACCAUAACACACAGAAUGAUGAUCUUUGAAAGACCCAAGAACAACUUUAUUUGAGCUUCCUAAGGAAGAAAUCGGUAGACUAAGGAACAGUGUUCUAGAUAAAAUUGUUUCAUAAGUGAGCUUGCAUAUCAGUACGACAGUCGUAUACACGUUAACGAUCCUCUAUAGGUCGGACUGUCCUAUUGCUGGACAGACUUUGUUACUUCACAUUCCUGGCAUACUGUGGUAAAGUCAGAAAUAGUCAUGGCACAGCACAAUGCUAUAGCAGCUGGCUUCUAUGUGUCAAACUACUGUUAAGGGCUUGACAGGACUGUUUCAAACUGGGACUGUUUCUGUAUAAGGCCACACCAAUUUUAUUUGUUGUUUCUCAGAUUUUUUUAGAAAAACAUUGGGUCGGUCG